AGUAACGGCUAUCCAUCAAUCUCUGCCGUCAAUCGAACUCUUGAGCAAGAUGAAGCGGAUCGCUUGGUGUGGUUCACAAUUUACGCUCGGUCAAACAUCAUCCUCCAACCCAUCCUCUGCGCUUCAACUCUCAUUUCCUUCUUAUUCUGGCGCUGGGAGCCUGUUUAUAUUCUUCCUCGCUGUUGGCUUCCAAGCACCACGUUCGUUACUAACAGGCUCAUACUAAGCCAUGAAAUCCUUCUUUUGGACCAGCAUUCUGCUGGCAGCGGCUUCGGCGCUUCCAACCAGUCUCAGCGGCCGGCAAGCAAACGAGACUGCACCCGCAGUACCCACCUCUAAUGUCCGUGUCCGCCUCAAUCCAGCAAAGAUUCGCGAUACUGGCGACACCGACUACACUACAUGGACCAUAGCAGAAGGCGCAUCGUCUACACUUGAACCCAACAAUACUGGUCUGUCGUUCACCCUUUCUGCAGCGAUUGGCAAACUCAACGGCAACUGGAACAAGGCCGUAUACUCUCGUAUCAUCACCUCUCUAGGCGAACGCGUCGUUGGCGAAGGAAUCUCGACCGUAGCCGACAACGGAGACAAUGUCGGAGGAGUCGCCAUCAAGUUGAGCAUUUCUGGAUUACCAGCAGGUGAACAUUCCAUCUUGGCUUGGCACAACGCUUGGGAUGCACUGAAGGCCACAGCCUCCUUGGCAGUGACAGUCAAUGGCAAAGAGGCAGCUAAAGGCGUCAAACAGUCAAUCCGUAUCGACAACAUCUGGGAGUCUGCUUCAUCCUACAUAACAUUCACUACAAUUCAGGGUCAAGCAGUUGAGAUCAUGUACACCCCUGAUACUGCCGGAGAUGGCCGAGCAUUCUUGAACGGAUUCGAGAUUGACAGUCCGUCCCUCGAGAACCAGAUCAGCUUUCCCACUCCAGUUCACCGCGAUGAAAGAGUUGUACCGCUCGAGAACAACAAUGACAUCUCUGCAUCUUGGAGAACCGCCAAAGCUGCGGGUGCUACUUACAAUGUCUACCUCGGUACUUCGCCCACCGAGCUCAAGAGCGUUGCAACGGGCCUCGAGAAGCCAAGCACAACCCUGAACGACAUCAACACUCAAGCAACCUACUACUGGCGCGUCGAUGUAGUUUCUAGCAACGGUACAUACGCUGGCCGAGUCUUCACUUUCCGUGCGGCUCAGCUUGCGUUCCCUGACGCCGAAGGCUACGGUCGAUUUGCUCGUGGUGGAAGAGGUGGAAAGGUCAUUCACGUGACCUCCCUUGAAGACAGCUCGGAUGAGGGAACACUUCGAUACGCUUUGACUGUUGCCACUGGCCCUCGCGUUGUUGUCUUCGAUGUUGGCGGUGUCAUAACGACGAAAUCUCGCAUCUCGAUCAGCGGCCAGUACGUUACUCUCGCCGGUCAGACAGCACCUGGGAAGGGUGUGGUCAUCCAGGGCUUCCCACUUGGUCUUACUGGUGCUACCGAUAUGAUUUUGCGCCACAUCCGCGUACGCCCAGGUACCAUUUCAAAUCAGACGAUUGAUGGCAUGGGUAUGCAAGGUUCCAAUCAUGCCAUAUUAGACCGAUGCAGCAUGGGCUGGACAAUCGACGAAGCCUUCUCUUCUCGCGACGCUAACAACAUCACUUUCCAGCGCAAUAUGAUCAGUGAACCUCUCAACAUCGCAGGACACAAGAACUACCCCGCAGGAACUGCUCACGGUUAUGCUGCUUCGAUUGGUGGCGAAGUCGGAUCUUUCCACCACAACCUGAUCGCGCAUGCCGAGGGACGCAGCUGGAGUAUGGCCGGUGGUGUCGACGACAAUGCUGCUUUCGCCGGCAAGCUCGACAUUCGCAACAAUGUCGUGUACAAUUUCGGCGGACGUGUGACUGACGGCGGGGCAUAUCAGGGCCAGUUCGUGUCCAACUUGUACAAGCAAGGUCCUUCGUCUAAGCUUACAUAUGCUCUCCGCGCACAGUACGAAGACGACAUGCCAGGUUCGCAGUCGUACUACUGUGCUGGCAAUGCUAUGCCAGGUGUCUUUGACGAGGCUAGCGAGCAGUAUGUCGGUGACGGCACUGGCAAGACUACUAAUGUCGCGUGUUGGGCUGAUGUGACGAUCAACAACGUCACCUAUCAGAAGUUUGUCAACAAGCCGUUCUUUGAAAGCUUUGUGGAAACUCAAUCUGCUUCUGAGGCCUACAAACGCGUGCUCAGCGACAGUGGUGUAUCACAGCCCGUCCAAGACGACCACGAUAAGCGCAUCAUCAACGAGACUCUUGCCGGUACCGCGACAUACACUGGCAGUGUUGGCGGAAAGAAGGGUAUCAUUGAUAACCCAAAGGAUGUUGGCGGUCUCGAGGACUUCCCCACCGUGAAGAGGAGCGCUUCGUGGGAUGCAGAUGGUGAUGGCAUUGCGGACUGGUGGGAUGGCUCAACGGGCGGUGAGGGCUACGAUGUCAUCGAAGGCUACCUCAAUUUCAUGGCUGAUCCUCAUGCGUUUGUUGCACCUUCUUCUUCUGUCAAGAUCGAUCUCGGUGCUUUGGCUGCUGGUUUCGUAAAGCCGGCAUUCACUGUUAAGGGUGCCACACUGGGCUCGAUUGAGGUCUCGGGUGCGACUGCUACCUACACUUCCAAGAUAGCGGGCAUUGAGAGACUCACUGUUGCCAUUGAGGAUAGUGAGGGCAGCAAGUGGUUAAGGCCGUUUGGUGUCGCUAUUUUCGAAGGUGCAGAUGAUGUGGAUUGA